AUGGCCAACUCAUCAGAACAAACUCACACUGAAAUUGGACCACUUUACCCGAUCUACGAAGCCCUCCGCAACGCAGCGCAACCCGUCCAUCCGUCAUCGAGCGCGCGACGUCUGCUCUGGAACCUCAAUGGACCGUUGGAGAGGGCCAUCUCAGUCCUGCCAUCUGAGACUCCAACCCACGGCGUCAACAUGCCGAGUGAACCGCUCUACGAUUCAGCUACUGAAACCCGGCAUCCCAUUGCUCAGGAGCCCGUGUCGACGCCAAAAGUCUCGUCGGUCACCGUCGGCGUCUACCAGCUCGAGGAAUGGGGAUCCACGUGGUGCGACAUGCACGAGGGACACGCGGAUCCACCUGAGCUUGAAGAUGGAGAAUGGGAUGGGACUGACGGUUGGAACAUCGUCAAGCAGGACGGUGAGCUCAAGGAUGGCGAGGUUACGGCGUGGAGAGUUGUGAAGGUUGCAGAUCCGGCGAUGGCAAGGUUUGUUGGAGGGGGCGCGGAAUUCAAGAUUGUUGAGUUUGAGGAUGGAGAGACAGAUGUGGAAUUGUUGGGGUGUUGUGGUGAGGAACCGCCGGGAGGGGAGGAUUAUCAUACUGAGCUUCUGGCUGCGAAGGCAGUAAUGCUAUGGGAGUGGGAGCCAUUGCCAGAUGAUACUGAGCUGAUGGUCGAAUUGACGUGGUUUGAGCGGUUGGGUAUCGGAACAGCGGUUGCUCCGGAGAGUGCAUUUCAGGCCCACCAGGACGCAAUCGAAGCUCGCGAACAAUGGGAGCAGGAAGACCUCGUGCGCGAAGCCGACAGACCCUCCUUGAAUGGAUGGGUGGCGGACGCUGAGGAAUGGCGAACGAUCCUUUCCCGUUGCUUACACUCUCGGAGCGCCGGUCGCAAAAGAAGCUUUAAGACGAACGCGCGCGCGAGUGCGCCGAGGCGGAGUGGACCGGGAGGAUAG